AUGGUGACUGUGAUGGUGACUGGGAUGAUGACGGGUGGUGACUGGGAUGAUGACUGGGGUGGUGACUGGGAUGGUUACUGGGAUGAUGACUGUGAUGAUGACUGGGAUGGUGACUGUGAUGGUGACUGGGAUGACUGGGAUGGUGACUGGGAUGAAGACUGGGAUGGUGACUAUGAUGAUGACUGGGAUGAUGACUGGGAUGGUUACUAUGAUGAUGACUGGGAUGAUGACUGGGAUGGUGACUGGGAUGAUGACUGGGAUGGUGACUGGGAUGGUGACUGGGAUGAUGACUGGGAUGGUGACUAUGAUGAUGACUGGUAUGAAGAUUUGGAUGGUGACUGUGAUGGUAACUGGGAUGGUGACUGUGAUGGUGACUGGGAUGGUUACUGUGAUGGUGACUGUGAUGGUGACUGGGAUGGUGACUGGGGUGCUGACUGGGAUGCUGACUGGGACGAUGACUGGGACGGUGACUGGAAUGGUGACUGGGAUGGUUACUGGGAUGGUGACUGGGAUGGUGACUAUGAUGGUGACUGGGAUGGUGACUGGGAUGGUGAUUGGGAUGAUGAAUGGGAUGGUGACUGGGAUGGUGACUGGGAUGGUGACUAUGAUGAUGACUGGGAUGGUGACUGGGAUGAUGACUGGGACGGUGACUGGAAUGGUGACUGGGAUGGUUACUGGGAUGGUGACUGGGAUGGUGACUAUGAUGGUGACUGGGAUGGUGACUGGGAUGGUGAUUGGGAUGAUGAAUGGGAUGGUGACUGGGAUGGUGACUAUGAUGAUGACUGGGAUGGUGACUGGGAUGAUGACUGGGAUGAUGACUCGGAUGAUGAUGAUGAUGAUGAUGUGGGACAUAAAGACUACAGUCAAUGUACGAAUUAUUCUGUACAAAGACAAAUCGCUAAUUGUUCAAGAAAUCCCCGUGGAUAG